AUGUAUAAUUUUUAACCUAACCAAAAAUUAGAAAUUGAUGGUCUAAAAUUAGGUCAUCAAUUUGAAUAGAGAUUAUAUUAAAGAGAAUAUGACUCUAUGAAAAUGAUGCUUGUUUAAUCAGAAAAGGAAAAAUAACAAGCUACUCAAAAAUAUAAUCUGUUAAAUUAAAAAUAUUAAGAAAAAAAAAUUAUUGAUAUUUUAGAUGAACAAUCAUUAUAAUCUCAAAUUAAAAAUGAUGGAACAAGACUAUUUAAAGCAGCAAAAUAUGCUAUUUUAGGUUUAGAAAGAAAAUUAGAUGAAAUAGAAUUACCUAAUAAAACUGAAAAGAUUACAGAUAAAUCUUUAACAAAUGAUCCUAAAAUUUAAACAUUUUAAGCUUAAGAUUCACAAAUCAAUGCUCAAUUUACAGAAGAAGAAUAAUCAAAAAUCUAUUAAUCCAAAGAAGAUAGAAAUUAUUCUUAAAGUCUCAUUAAUUUUAUGAAUGAAUUAGAUGAAGAAAGAAUAAUCUAUACAACAUAAGAAAGACUUCCUAAUUAUGAAUAAAUACCUUCUAAAUAAAUUAAAACAUAAGGUUAAUCUGUUACAGUAUCAUUUCUAUAGAAUAAUCAACCUAAAAAUAAAAAUUCAACUGAUACCAAACUCAAAUAACUUAAUGAUAAUGCUUAUUUUCACUUUACUGAUGAUACUAGUCGAACUGAAUAAAUGUUUAACAUUGAUUAAUAAUUAGAAACACUUUUAGAUGAUAUUUAAGGAUUAGUAACCAGAACUUCAAAAUAACCUGAAUAAACACUUAUAACUCAUAAAUUAAGACUCUAAAAUGAAAAGACUUAAAAACCUACACCAAUUUAGAGAAUACCAAAUUUUCAACCUGUUAAUUUUGCAUAAAAUUAAACAAAAUAAGAAGAACAAUCAAUUCAAAGAGUAAUUGAUAGUUCUAAAUAAAUUGAUAAUUUAGACCAAUUAAUACUUGAUCUAUGCAAUUGA